AUGCAAGCAAUCAGGUCUCUGUUUAUCCCCAAGUGGUCUUCAGAUGUACGACUGGAAGGGAAGACAGCUAUAGUAACAGGGGCCAACGUUGGAAUAGGCAAGGAGACAGCAAAAGACCUGGCCAGCAGAGGUGCACGGGUGAUUUUGGCAUGCAGAGACAUGGCAAAAGGAGAGCAAGCUGCUUGUGACAUUAUGAGGGAGGUGAAGGGCGCCAAGGUAGUCGCCAGGCAACUGGAUCUGGCUGACACCAAAUCGAUCUGCCAGUUCGCUGAGAAUAUCUACAACACUGAGAAGGCUCUUCACUGCCUGAUCAACAAUGCAGGUGUGGCUAUGUGCGCUUACAGCGUUACUGCAGAUGGAUUUGAGAUGCAGUUCGGAGUCAAUCACUUGGGUCAUUUCUUUCUGACCUUUCUGUUACUGGACUUGCUGAAGCACUCGGCCCCUUCCCGAGUCAUCAACUUGUCAUCGGUAAGUCACACAAUGGGCAAGAUCCAGUUUGAUGACCUGGGCGGCAAGGACUACCACCCUGUCAGGGCCUACACACAGAGCAAGCUGGCCAACGUCCUGUUUACCAGAGAGCUGGCCAGGAGAACUGAGGCUCUUGGUGUGAUGGCUUACUCUGUGGACCCUGGCCUUGUGAGAACUGAAAUAACAAGGCACCUAGGGCGCCCUCUUGUGGACAUAAUCAAGAUCUUCGAUUUUCUAAUCAAGACCCCAGCAGAGGGAGCCAACACCACCAUCUACUGCGCCGUCACUCCUGAAAACCAGCUGCUCACUGGAGGAUACUACAAGGACUGUGCAAUUGCAGAGAGCUGCAGGGCAGCCCAAGAUGAUGGCACUGCUUUAAUGCUGUGGGCUGUGAGCUGCCACCUGCUAGGCAUCCGCUGGAGAUAGACUCAGAAUUAUAUAUAUAUAAGCUCUCCUACAUGCUACAAAGCAAAGCUAUUCAUGAGCACAUAUAGUGAUACCCUCAAUACCACAAAUAUUAUGCUGAAGAUGUUUAGUGAAUGCUGAAAAUGUGAUGUGUAAUAGACAAAAAAAUUAUUUGUAUUAAUACUACAAAGUGUAUGGUCCAGACCUGCUCUAUAAAAAGUACAAUGAGAUAACUUGUGUUAUGAAUUGGCUCUAUAUAAAUAAAAAUAAAUAGCAGCAGCUAAUAAUAAAUAUCACUG